AUGCAACCCUGCGGCCGCCGCUUCCAGCGCCUAGCAGGCACUAGAACUGCGUCUGCGCGACUGGUGCUUGGCGCGAGGCAGCGAAAGGGGUGGCUGACGUCUUUGCUGCCCCGACCCGCCCUCGCCACUGCUUUCUCUUUCCGCGCCCGCGGCGCGCGGCUGUGACGUCAGGCGUGUGAUGCUGAACCCGCGGAUGGGCAAAGCCUGUCAGAAAAUGGCGGAGCUAGGAUAAAUCUUGGGGUGGGUGAGACUUUUUUUUUUAUUUACGCGUAUGUCGUUUCUUCUUUUACAAACAAACCUUACCAAAAAAAAAAAACAAAAAAAACCUGGGUGCCUGAAAACGAGAAAAAACCACGAUAACAUCAUUGUGUGUGAGAGGGAUAUAUAUCUCAUAUAUAUAUAUAUAUAUAUAUAUAUAUAUAUAUGAAUGAAUAUAUAUAGAGGGUGGAGAAGUGGGGAGCGAGAUGCGCUGCGUGUGUCAAUGAGAAAGGUGGUUGAGCUGAGGGGGGCCGGCCUUCUGUGAAAAACAAGAAAAAAAUCCAUGGGCAGCUAGAUAUUUGCCUCAGAAAAUGUGCUGGGCAGGCUGGGGGAGCUGCUGCUGCUGCAGUAUGUAUUUAUUUUAAAUUAAAUUUAUUUAUUUCUUUAAUGUUAAGAAAAGAAAAGAAACCAAUACCCCAGAGUGGUUACAAAAAGAUUAAACAAACAAACAUAAGAUCGAGAAAGAUUCACAAUGCUCUUUUAAAGACACGCAGAAGUUAAAAAUGCCAAAUCAGGUGAUAAUGACCUCAGCUCUCUUUAAGCAUCCAGGUUGGCUUGUCUAAACAGAAGAACGCACCGAAAAAGAGUGCAGUUGUUGAUUUGAUUCCGAUAGUGCAGGGUGUCCCAAAGUGCAGGUGCUCCCACACAGAAUGAUCCUGAGCUUUUAACGCAGAUGUGCUGUGGACGUUGUGUGGCGCCUGCUCUAAGUGCCAAUUCCGAUCCGCUCGAAGCAGCUGAGUGGGCGCAUCUAGGGUAAGGCGAUAUCGUCGCUACGCUGGUCCCAAGUUGUUAUGGGCUUUGUAUGCUAAUAGCAACCCCUUGGACCUGGCCCAGUAGCAAACCGGCAACCAGUGCAGGUCUCUGAGCACAGGUGACAAGGCCUCACUUCCGCCAGCAAUUGUGCCACUGAAUUCUGCACUAAUUGCAGCUUCCAGAUCAUGCACAAGGGAAGCUCCACACAGAGUGCAUUGCAGUAAUCCACUUUUGAAGCAGCCAGCGCAUUAACUACUGUGGCUAGGCUUUAGUCCUAAGACUUGUUGCUGUUUAAUCAGCUUAAUGCCAUAAUAGGUGGUUUACAAGUGUGAAUUAAAUCCAUAAUUAAAACACACAAUAAAAAUAAAAUAGGUGUGUGCUGUGUUUAUCAUUCUGGUUAGUAGUCUCAGACACUCCUAUCCCACCAGGGUGGCUAACAGUGCAGUCCUGCAUGUGUUUACUCAGAAAUAAUCUCCCACUGUCUUCAGUUGGGCUUGCUAUUGGCUAAGUCACUAUAGGUUGGCAGCCUAACUUGUUUUUUCAUUCUACUGGUCCUUGCCAUGUUAUGUGGCUGUUCACAACAUAAAACAUUGUGCGGUAACUGCUGAAGCCAAUCAAGCCUGGGUAUGGUCAGCACUUGCGAAAGGUGACCAUCUGAGAACUCCAUGUCUUGGGUUUUGUGCUGGAAGAAAAAGGAAGAUAUAAAUGUGCUAAAUACACUAACUAGAAUAACAACAACAACAGCAAUAAUAAUAGUAAUACAGUAAUAAUAAUUUUAUUAUUUAUACCUCGCCCAUCUGGCUGGGUUUUCCCAGCCACUCUAGAUGGCUUACAGCAUAUAUGAAAAUAUAGUAAAACAUCAAACAAUCUGGUGAAGCAAUCUGGUGCUCUUGCUAGUGUACUUGCACUGUGGUAAACUGUCUUCUGCCUACAAGCAACAACAGUGCACAUACCAGGAAGCUGGUGCAUUGUGUCGGUUCACACUGUAGUCCAUUGCACCCUCCAAGUAUCACUGUCAUGCCAAUCUGUUCAAGUGCUUGUUUUGCCCUUGCUUCAAAAGUGUCUGUAAGUGCAGAUCUUUUACACAUGCCCACGGGACUGAGUGAUAGUUAUUUUCUUAUAUCAGAGAAGGUAAAUGAAUACAGUUAAACUGUACUACUGAAUUGUAAAAUUGGAAGGGACCACAGGGAUCAUUUAGUCCAACCACCUGCCAUGCAGGAAUCUCAAGGAAAGCAGUUAUGACAGAUGGCCAACCAACUUCAUCUUAAAAACCUCCAAGGAAAGAGAGGGAUUAACCUGCUUCCUAUCACUGGUGAGCCUGCCAACUGAAUCAAGCCUACCCCUUCAUCUGAAUUGUUGGAUUCUGGGUUCUGAUUCUUAAUUGUGCUUAAGUGUGACAGAAUGUUGGAGACUUGAUUUUAUAUUGUAAAAGUUAAAAUAACCAUACAGUUGUGCUAUCACUUAACAAAGCUUGACUGCAUUCGCUCCAUAUUCUCAACAUGCCAGUUUGAUUCUGCAAAUGUGCAAGUGGGAUGUGCAAGGAUAAGUGUUUGGAUGAAUGAGGUACCUUUAUUAUCUACAAAGAAUAGCAGGACUGAUCUGGGGGAGUUCUGCAAUAACAAAAGUGUUUGUGAGAAUGCUCUUGUGAGGGCAGCAAUUCAUCAGAGUUAAGUGUACUUGAUUUUCCAGCCCUUUCACAACCACUGCAACUCAGAAGUGGAAGCAGCUGUGCAUAAUUGGUCUUUUCAAGAAGGAAUUUGUGUUCAGUUUUGAUACAUUGGCACUUCUUGUUUUCUCAAUGUUUGCUCUUUAGUAUGUCUUGAUCUCGGCAGCACUGUUUUUCUCCCUUGAUAGGCAAAUAUGCAACAAAUACCCAUCAGAGCUUGGUUGGAAAGCCAAUGGAGAGUGACACAUUCACUCAUACAGAGUUACCUACUUCAGAAGAGCUGGCACAGGAAUCUUAGCACAACCUGCACAAGGUGUUCCAAGUCUCGGCGACUGGGACAUAAAAGAGACCUUUCAGAAAAGAAGCUGGUAAAGUCUUGAAAAAUAUUCAGUUUAGCUGCAAAUUAAAUUUAGUGGUACUGCAGUAUAUUUCUUGUCUUCUCUUACUUGCUUUUGGAGUUCCCUGACUUCCACUUUCCUAUAACACAUUGAUUUAAAAGCCUUUGUAAAUUUAAGACAUAAUACAAAAACAGAAAACAUUAAGCUAAACAUUUAUUAGUAAGCAUUUGGUAAGAACUCUGGCAUUUUUAUUUCUUGCAUCCUUUUCAUGUGAAGAUUACAGGAUGAUAAGGCUGAAAUACUGUUUGAAAACCCUUUAGCAAUGUCUACUUUGUUUCUUUAAAUUGUGUUACAAUUUAUAGGAAUGUUGCAUGCAAGUGUUUUUAGGAUGCAGACAUCCUGACUUACAUGAUCAUAGAAGUAACCCUAUAUACAGGUUGAAAAAGGCUGCAAUCUUUACUUUCCUAAGUAAAGAUAUAGAGGAAGGAACUGUGUGUUAUCUUUGUUUAUUUACUAAAUUUCCAUUUCCCCACUCCCUUUCUCCCAGGAGUACCAGGCACCAUACGUAGUUUCUCCCUGCCACCACUUCCUUCUUAUCCUGACAGCCAUCUUAUGAGAGAGUUUAGGAUGGGAAGUGGUAGACAGUCAGCUGGUUGCAAGGCUGAGCAGGAUUUGAUGAACCAAUGUCUCUCCAUUCCAAGUUCAGUGCUUUGUUUACUGUAUCAUACUUGCUCUUGUGCAUACAUGUAAAAAUAAGGGGUCUCAAUGUCACUUCGUUAUUUGGCUUUUAGCGGGGCUGCAAAAUGGCUUUGAAGCCUCUUGUUAGUUAGAAUUCAGCUGCAAGAAUUCUGACAAUUGUAGGUAGUUGGGGCCAUAGUUCACUGACCUUAACAAAAAUUCUUCUUUUAUCAAAUGACUAAUAAUAAGCUAAGUUGUGUAUUCAUAUCUUACUAAUUCUGUUUGUUUCUGUACUGCGAGGUUGUGCAUUAAGUAUUUGUGUAGGUUUAGAUUGUAUUUGGCCUUAAUUUAAUAUACAAAUUUAAUAAUAAUAAUAGGAACUUCAUAUUUACAUGGCAAGUUUGUGUUAAAAAUGCAGAUGUGCCAGUCAUUUUUCCUCUUCAAGUAGAUUUUUCAGUUAUAUAAUGGUGGAUAGCCCUGCGCAUCCUGCUUUUUGUGCAUGAACCCCUGGCCAAAUCAUGAGAUAGUCUGUGCUCAGAACUGCCUCUGUCAAGUACUGAUCAGCUCACAAGCUGAAGAUACGUUUGAUAACUAAGGUUACUAGAGUACAUAAUGUGGCUAUUUAUCGUGAGAUCACAAACUCAUCUUGUGAAAAAUAUGGCUGCAUAAUCCUCUCUGUUGAUGAAAGGGCUCUUUUGUUCAACUUAAUUUGCAAUGUGUUUGAGAUUGCAAGCUAUAAAUCCUGUUAGCAACAAACCACAGGGAAAGGGCAACUAUUGUGCUGCUUUUGAGUAAUUUAAGGCAGCAGUUUGCUGUUUUAACCACUUGGCGAUGCUAUGUCAAUUCAGAAAAUGUUCUUUUCCUCAAAUAUUGUCACAACUUAAGCACACAGCUGGCCACCCGCAUUUUGCCCAGGCACUCACCCUGCGUUAUUUUCAAUAUCCUGAACCUUUCUCUGCAGUAUUUGCCUAACUGACCAUGUUUGUGGCAAUCAAUUCCCUUCCAGCUGCUUGUGCUUUAAAAAACGAGCUAUAGUUUUUGGUGUUAUCACAAGACUUAAGAUAUUACCAGUAAUUCUGUACUGAUUCAUAGAUUAUAUUUUUUAAAAAACUCCCAGGAAACAUAGCAAUUACUUGGCUAUAUUACAGCAAGAAGAAGAGUUGAAAAGUGAAAUAAAAAAUGAAUUGUAACUGCUGGGCCAGUGAGAUUGCUGUUGGGAUAGCUACAGCUUUUCUCCUCCAAGAAGGGGAAAAUACUAGAUAAAUAUGUCCUUUAAAUGCUGGAUGCUGUUUUUACAGCAUACCUGGGUUGUGUUAGAGAGCACUAGAAUAAACUAGGGUAACUGUUUCCUCCCUGUGCCCCUUUCAUGGUUCAGAUAAGGUAAAGGUAAAGGUACCCCUGCCCAUACGGGCCAGUCUUGACAGACUCUAGGGUUGUGCGCUCAUCUCACUCUAGAGGCCGGGAGCCAGCGCUGUCCGCAGACACUUCCGGGUCAAGUGGCCAGCGUGACAAGCUGCAUCUGGCGAGCCAGCGCAGCACACGGAACGCCGUUUACCUUCCCGCUAGUAAGCGGUCCCUAUUUAUCUACUUGCACCCGGGGGUGCUUUCGAACUGCUAGGUUGGCAGGCGCUGGGACCGAGCGACGGAAGCGCACCCCGCCGCAGGGAUUCGAACCGCCAACCUUUCGAUUGGCAAGUCCUAGGUGCUGAGGCUUUUACCCACAGCGCCACCCGGGUCCAUGGUUCAGAUACAUUACAGUAUUUUGAGCUCUGUAACCUCAGGGAGCACUUUCCACAUCACUUGUUGGGUCUUGUUGGCAGCACAAGAGUGCCCUUUUGAACAUGCCCACCUCUUCCUUGCAGCACUGCAUUGCAAGGCAAGGUCCACUAACAGUGAGCAAGUUCUCUUUAAGGCAAACUUACCUGUCACUGUCAGUCCUUUCACAGAGGAGCCCCUGAUAAGUCUCCAAGGGUCCCUGAACAAACUGAAUGCCGCUGCCUUGGAAUAAACUAGAUAACAGUGAAGCACUUUGUAUCCUGACAAGAGGCACUGUGUGAGAAGGAGGACUGCCUGCUGUAUUUGUUCCCCGCUUCUGAUCAUAAGCUGAAAAAGAAUACCCUUGAGAAAUGGGGAUUGAGUGCAACUAGGACUAUAGGAAGCUGCCUUCUAUCAAGUCAGAGCGUUUGUUCAUCUCUUUCGGUAUUCUUUCUUCAAUGACUGGCCCAACUUAGAGAUGCCAGGAACUGGACCGGGGUUUUUUUGCAUGCAAAGCCCUGAGCGUAUAGACCUUCCCACUUUACUUGGAAUGAAAAUGAAGAAGGGGCCAGGUGUAUUUCCCUCUAAAGUGUCUUGCAUAAUAAAAUACCCAAUCCUUCAUAUGGCUUCUCAUUCAGCAGGAGAAACCAGGGCAGUACCAUCAGGGUUUGUUAGAGUGCAUAAGGAGAGCUGCAGGAGGGAAAGUCCUAGCUAUUUAGGACUUUAAAGGUGAAAAUGAGCAAUUUGAAUGAAAACAAAUAAAUGACCAGCUAAGACCACUAUGGAACCUGCUGUGGCUGGACAGUGCCAAACAUUCUGGCAAUGGCAUUUUGAACCAAUUGAAUCAGUGCUUUUCAGGAGCUACUUCAUGGAAAACAUAAUAUACUAGUACGGAAAAUCUGCCCCCUUUUCCUUCAUUUGUCACUAUAUGAAAUAGAUGUAUAAUUGCUUGUUGGCCAUACUAGUGCCUUUGCAAUAAUUGCCCAGAACACUGGAAUUUGGAAUCAAGUUUCCUUUUUACUGAAGAACUGGUAGAAUUCUGAGAAAUGUCGAAAACAUCCAAGGGAUGGAUCAGUCCUCCAGAAUAUACUUAUCCCAGUCUGUGGCCUUGAGUAUAAGAAUUUUUGCUAGGUAAUAAAUGCCAGAUACAUUUAUCUGGCCAGUACCUUAAAUGCAAUAUCCAUGUCUCUCUCUCUUAUCAAAUGGAACUUUAAUUCCUAGUAGACUUUAAAUGCCUCUCGCUUAUCAAAUGGAAAUUUAAUUCCUAGUAGGCUUAGAAUUUUGACUUAGAAUUAGAAUUUUGACCAAACUGCAGGAGGCAGUGGAAGACAGAAGUGCCUGGCGUGCUCUGGUCGAUGGGGUCAUGAAGAGUCGGACACGACUAAACAACAACAACAACAAGGCUUAGAAUUGAAAAUUUCUUAAAUGUCCUGAUUUGCUUUUCAGAAUAGUGUUUCUCCCUAUUUCAGACCCGAUACUUUGUAGAUCAUCGAAGGGUAUAUGUGGUAGGAGGCAAAGGAGGUGAUGGUAUCAGCUGUUUCCACAGUGAGCCUAGAAAAAUAUAUGGAGGUCCUGAUGGUGGAGAUGGAGGAGAUGGGGGAGACAUUAUACUGAAAGGUAAGAGAUAAUAUCUCUUGCACAAAUCUUGAUACGUUUGUUUAUUUUGUUUCUAGACUGCCCAUCAAUCAAAGUUCUUUGGGCAGUUUACAAAAAUCAAUAAAAUAAUUAAAUGCAAUACAUAAAAUAAUUUCAAUGCAAGUAAUGUAAAACUCAAAAUCCAACAUAAUGUUUUACAUUUAACAAAAAGCAGUAUAUAACUGGACCAGCCUGAAAUUAAUCUAAAAAUAGUUUUCCAAAAAUGAGAAAGCAUUUUAUGUAUAGCUCAGCUUAUUUGGGAUGAAUCACUGUAAAGAAGAGAGGAUCCAGCUAGUUGACAACUUGACAUGAAUUAUGUGCAUAUGCUGUAGAGAUACUAGAAGGUUCACUCUGUGCAAAUAAUAGAAAGCACAUCUCUCUGACCUUGCUUUUAUGCAUGAAAGUCGAUACCAUUUUCCCUCUUGAAGCCAAAAGCUACCAUAAUAAUACACUUAUAUAACACACUUAUAAUAUACUUAUGGAUUGUGCUUCAGCAUUGUGGUGAUGAGAGUGGCAUAAUGACCUAAGUGGAAUAGAAAAACCUUAUUGAGAGUGCAUACUAAAGGUGCUUAGAAACAGCCUUGAAACUGCAUAUUAGCACCUGUGUUCCACAAGGCAGAAAUUCUCUGAAAGAAGAGGCAGCUCCUAUACUGGUGGAUGCCCAGAAUAAACAUGGGCAGAUUAAUUGCUUGCACCCAGUGGUGUUCCAUUAAAUUGUAGACUUGGAAGGGUUCUCAAGGAUCAUCCAGUCCAACCCCCUGCAGUGCAGGCAUCAUAACUUAAGCAUCCAUGAUAGAUGGCUAUCCAACCUCUGCUUAAUAAACCUCCAGUGAAGGAGAGCUCACCACCUUCCAAGGGAGUCUGUUCCACUGUCAAACAGCUCUUGCUGUCAGAAAGUUCUUCCUAAUGUUUAGCUGGAAUCUCCUUUCUUGUAACUCGAAUUGUCUAACAGGGGCCCAUCUAUGCUGUAUAUAAGUUGCAUAGAACUUGCAUAGAAAUUUACAGACACACAGACUUGCUACGUAAAAGUAUCUUCCAUCUGUGGGAUUCAUAAUGUAUAAAUCAGUCCAGCCUCCACUAGAAUCUAAGUUUGUGUUCUUAUGCUCCAUUGAUCGGAAUGGUGCUUAAACAGAUCAAACUUUGAUUGGAUUGCUCAAGUAUUGCACACCGAAGUCAUCCUGGGAAUUCUGCCCUAAUGCAGCUCAGUUCUAUGCAUUCCUACACUUAAGUAGGCUUCACUGUGUUCACUGGGGCUUGCACCCAUCUAAGUGUGCAUAUGAUUGCAUUCUUUUCCAAGCUUGCUGCUGAAUUUUCAAAUUCCAAUACCCACAGCAUGCCUAGACUAAGCUGUCAGUGGCUGCAUGGGCACAGUGCUGGUUGUGUAAUGCUUUUGCUCAUUUGACAAGCUCUACAUUAGGUGAUAGUGCAAUUCCUGUAUAGUUUCUUCUCAGUAAUUGUGCUGAAAUUGCAGCUUUGAAAAGGCAAUUCCAAUACAAUGAAAAGUAAACUAUUUUAGAUUGAACAUGCUCUCUUCCACGUGAAGAGCCAUUAUUCAAAACCACAUAGCUUGAACCUCUUUACUGAAUGCAUCAGUAACUGUAAAAUGUUUGGUGGUUAUUUUGUGGCACUGGGUUUUUUUCUAUCUUAACUUGCAUUAGAGAAACUUUCUUAAGCUCCUUGUAUACAAAGUGCAUGGUAAUCACAGUUCCAUCUUUUGCAAAGUACUGUCUUAAGCAGCUUAGCUGCAGUAAUAAUAAUAAUUAUUAUUUGAGCACCUAAAAAACUAGGUGUAGUAUUGAGUACAAACAGAAACAGGUCUGUGCCUAAAUAGCUUGUUUUCUCAUACAGUAAAGACAAAAAAGACACAUAAUUGAAACUAGAGGAAGAGAAGGAGAAUGUAAAAAUGUAAACCAUAAUAACUCUGUUAUAGCUUUAAUCUGUGAGCCAUAUUUAAAUAAGGAAAUAAGAACGAAUUAACCAGCUAUAGGCUGGCAAUGAAUUCCAUUAAAAGAAGUAAAAAGAGGAAAGAGCAGAAAGGUGCAAAGCAGAAGGAAAUGUAUGAGACUUAUCAAAGAAGAGAACACAAAUGAUCAAGAGGACACAAAUAAUCAAGAAAAUGUAUUGGAGAAAAAGGUGGGAGGGCGGAACAAAGAACACAAAUUUUGAUCCAAAGAUCCUAUAAGUCAAGCAGAAUUUGCUUGUGCUCAUGAGGGUUUGUUCAUUUCACUCAUUCUGCUGACCCUCAAGAGCGGGGAUGGGAAAUUUACUGUCUUCCAAGUAUUUCUGUACUACAACUACAACUUCCAUCAUCCCUAACCACUGGCCGUGCUGGCUGGGAUUGAUGGGAACUGGACUCCAGCAACAUUUUGGAGAACCAGAGGUUCUUUAUCCCUCCUCUAGAGCCAGGAUCAAGGCAGCUCACAGAGAUUUACUGCACUUAGAAGUGCCUUCUACUUGAAUGGUGGGAUCAUUUGAUCCAAGAUGCUACCUGAAAUUUAGCAUAAUAUGGUAACAUUACCACCAUAAAGUAAUCCAAAGAAAAGGAACGCAGUGCUUGUGUUUUUAUACUGUAAACCACUCUGUGAGCUUUGGAUAAAGGGUGGUAUAUAAGUAUAAUAAUAAUAAAUAAUAGUAAUAAUAAUAAUAAUAAUAAUAAUAUAAUAAAAUUGUAUGUGGUGGGGGGGAUACAAGAAAAAAAGCCCAAGUUGGGUGGCAGAAUUCAAGACAGAAUAGGAUGCUUAAAAUGGGAAUAGAGAAUUACAAUAAUCUAAGCUAGCCAAAAUAAGAUAAUGAACCAAAGUGUGUUUAUCGUCGACAGAACGGAUUAAUGAAUUUUGGCAGUUUUUAACUACUGAAAACAAAGUGUGAUGAACAAGGUGUGGUGUGAAACAAUUUUUAUUUUUUGGCAUUUUUCAAGUUGUCUUCCUAAGAUCAUUGAAAUAUUUUGGUUUGGUGAUCACAAGCGAAGUUACCUUCUGAAAGACAUUGCUUUCAAAAAUAUUUUAAUGUACAUUAAUACACUGUUAGCAUUCUAAUAUGGUUAAGGCAGGCGAGCAGUAAGAACACCUGAUCACUCCUAGUAUUGCUUUGUCCCAGUGUCCUCUGCUGGGUAGUGCAGACACAACAUUCUCUGACAUUAAUGAUAUGUCCUCAUCUUGGAAUCAGUUGAUUUGCAUAUGCAGACAAGAAAAUUUAUCUAGUAAGAGUACUGUAUACUUCAAACAUUUUUAAUCUUGCUUUACAGUGGAUAAGCAAGUCAGAUCCUUGGCUUCUCUUCUCUCACUCUAUCGAGGUUUCAAUGGAGUAAAUGGAGGGAGCAAAAACUGUUAUGGAGCUGCUGGUAAAACUACCUAUGUUAAGGUAAGCAGCUAACGUUUUAAUUUUAAGUUUUAUACAUUUCAUUAUUAUUUUUAAAGUAAUUGUCUUUGUUUGCUGCCCCAUAACACAACUUACUUCUCUAAUUUUCAGCCUUUUAAACGCUUACAGGCAUACUUCAUCCAUGUGAGAGAGUUCGGAGAGCUUCCUGGGACUAUUUGGAUCUCUGCUUGCACUCAGGCAUAAGCAAAUUGCAACGCAUUGCAAAUGGUCGUCUUUGCUUUGCUUAACUUUCUUCUUACUUUCAAGGUUCCCAUUGGUACGGUGGUUAAAGAGGACUGUACAAUUGUGGCUGAUCUCAACCAUCAUGGUGAGGAGUAUGUUGCAGCCUAUGGUGGAGCUGGAGGGAAAGGCAACCGUUUCUUUCUGGCCAAUGACAAUCGAGCGCCAACAACUGCUACUAAGGGUGAACCAGGUCAAGAAAAAAUUCUCCAUUUGGAGCUUAAAACCAUGGCUCAUGCAGGGAUGGUGAGUCUGCCUUUUUUCAUUAGAACAUUUGACUCUGGAGGAACAAACCUUCAUUGUUUAAUUAGGAACAGCUCCAUAAUGUGGAGGGAUGCGGGUGGUGCUGUGGUCUAAACCACUGAGCCUCUUGGGCUUGCCAAUCUGAAGGCUGGCGGCUCAAAUCCCCACGACGGGGUGAGCUCCCAUUGCUCUGUUCCAGUUCCUAGCAGUUCGAAAGCACGCCAGUGCAAGUAGAUAAAUAGGUACCGCUGUGGCGUGAAGGUAAACGGUGUUUCCAUGUGCUCUGAUUUCCGUCAUGGUGUUCUGUUGCACCAGAAGCGGUUUAGUCAUGCUGGCCACAUGACCCGGAAAGCUGUCUAUGGACAAACGCCUGCUCCCUCAGCCUCAAAGCGAGAUGAGUGCCACAACCCCAUAGUCACCUUUGACUGGACUUAACUGUCCAGGGGUCCUUUACCUUUUUUUAAAAUACCUUUACCCAUAAUGUGGAGUGAGGGAGAUAUUACUUAAAAAAUGUAGUUCUUUGAUUUGUACUGGUGUGUGUGUAUGUGCUUUCCUGAUUGGAUCUCUUGACUUGGAGGCUGAUGAUGUUCACGGUAGCAACAACUGGAAAACUUGGGCUCUAGCCGUUAUGAACAACAACAUGUGGGUGCAGCAUUUUCACAAACCCUGUCUAUGCGCACCUAUGUAUUAAAAUGCAAUGUUCUAGCUUCAGCCAAACAGUGACGUGUCUGAACAGUGUGGCUAGAGACCUGCCUUCUAAAUAAUCCAUAUUGGGCUCUUUAUUCCAGGUAGGAUUCCCUAACGCUGGGAAGUCUUCGCUGUUGCGAGCCAUCUCCAAUGCAAAACCAGCAGUGGCUUCUUACCCAUUCACAACCUUAAAUCCACAUGUAGGCAUUGUUCACUAUGAAAACUAUGAGCAAGUUGCAGGUAUGUUUUUAUAAGACUUCAUUUCAAGUGCUUAAUAUUUUUAUUGAGCUUCGAUCGCAUUUCCUCUUGAAAGAGCAAAAAGAAAAUUGUGUAUCAUAGUCACAUGUUGUAUAUUAUAUUGUCAACUGGUUUGUGAUCUUCGGAUGUCGGGCGGUAGAACAAAUGCCCCAUACUUCUUUUGCCAGUCCUGUGCUUACUGUGAUAGCUCGCCUUAAUACAAAAUCACAGCCUCACUUAAAACAAUUAUUAAAAGAAAACAAGGUAAGAACAGAGCUAAUCAUAGCACAGCUAAGAGACUUGACAACAUUAAGAUACUUGUCUCCUGUUUGGUAAUAAAUACAUUAGUCCCGCAAUAUUUGUGGGGUGACUCUACAGGCUAAACAACAGGGGUUCAAAUUACUAUUAUUAUUUAUUUGGCUUAUGAGGCUGUUUUGCCCAAAUCAUUCCAUUGGGAUCAGGAACCUUGAAGUACUUUCCUGAUUGGGCAUUGGCAAGGGAAAGCAGGCUUAGGCUUUACAGCCCGAUGAAUUGGGUGUGCAUGAAUUGGGAAUUACCCAUGGAAAAUGGACCCUGGACCCUCCUUGUCAGUCCUUCCCCAGCUGGAUCUAACAAGCCAAAAUAAGCAAAGGUCGAGUAGUCACAUUGCUGCACUACCUCUUCCCCUCUGCAUAUGCCUGAAGAUUUGAAAAAGAGUGGGGAAGGGGGAGUUGGUAGCAAGGAUAAAUAGAUGCUGUCUACCAAGCUAACCCCAGUAUCUGUGGACUCCUAUGGGAUGGUACUAAAGCUAACCAUUUUGGAAGAGGCAGUGCCUUGUGUCAUCUCUAAUUGGUCUGCUUUAUUCACAUAGAAACUACUGAAUGGUGUUGCCAAGAAUAUUUUCUUUCAAAUCCCCAAGCACAGAAUGAGUAUCUGCUUUGAGCAAGCAUCCACUAAUCCAUUCUCCAGGGACGUGCUUUGGGCAGUUAGGGGCAAUGGCUUGUCAGCCGCCUCCAACAAGCUCUCACAAGUGCUGCAGUUUCUCCGCAGUCUCUGAUCUUAUCCAAACCCCAGCAUGAAUAAAGCAAAGCGAUGCUUCCCUGGCAAGCCCUGUAGGCUUGCAAAGCAGUUUGGAAAAGUAAGAAACAGCAGGGGAGACUCUUGGGGCUGUAUCCAACAAAGGUGUCUUGUUAGUUCAAGGACGUCCUCCUGCUCAAUGGAACUACCUCUCCCAUUCCUCUCUAAGCACACAGUCACCCAACCUGCUGGGGAGGGUUGAGGUACCCCCAGAACAUUUGGGGGGCGCGCAUGGGGAGAGGAGAGGACGUCCUGCUGCACAGGCAGAUGUCCUUGCACUAAUGGCAUGGCUUGGUUAUAUAUUGCUGUUUCUUACCUCCUUCAUACUGUAGCACAAACUAAUUAAAUCCCCACGUCUCUCCAAAGCCCACUGCAAAUGCUAGAGGAUCUGAAAAGGGGUAAGAGUGAAUAGGAAGCACACAUAAAUGCUGGCAGUGUUCUCGAAGCUACCAACAUAAGUUUUACGAAACUGCGGGAGGUAGUGGAAGACAGGAGUGCCUGUUGUGCUCUGGUCCAUGGAGUCACGAAGAGUUGGACAUGACUAAAUGACUAAACAGCAAAAAGCCACACUGAUAUUUGUGGACCCCUGUAGUAUGAUGCUCAGGAGGAAAUGUAUAACAACUCUUUCUACUCCUGCCUGCUGGCUGCUUGUUGCCAUUCUGAAUUUUCAGAUGGAGUUCUUUGUGUGCUUGAAUGAUGCUGCUGCCUGGUUCUAGUCUUGCAGGCAAAAAUCUGACGUUUGUGUGACCAUGCUCAAAUGACCAGAAUACUAAUGAUUGCUUUUGCUGGGUUCUGCUUUGUUUCCGUAGUUGCCGAUGUCCCUGGGAUAAUAAAAGGGGCCCAUCGAAACAGGGGGCUAGGCUUAGCCUUCCUGAGGCACAUAGAACGUUGCCGCUUUCUUCUGUUUGUGUUAGAUCUCUCGGUAUCUGAGCCCUGGACUCAGCUGCAAGACUUAAAAUAUGAGCUAGAGCAGUAUGAAGAAGGCUUGUCAAAGAGACCUCAUGCCAUCAUUGGAAAUAAGUUUGAUCUUCCACAAUCAAAGAGCAAUUUGUCUCUCCUCAAGGAACGAGUGGAACAGAAAGUCAUCCCGUUGUCUGCUUUGACAGGUGAAAACCUGGAGGAGUUGUUUUUGCACCUGAAAGAACUGUACGAUGAGUAUGUCAAAACAGAAGAAGCACAGAACCAUGCACCCGUCAAGUGGUAG